AUGGUUGCGGUUGUCAAGCCCAGAGUUGGAUGGGUUGGAACGGGCGUCAUGGGCGCUAGCAUGGUUAGCCACAUCCUGAAACACGGAUAUGAGGUAACGGUGUUCAAUCGCACGUUGUCCAAGUGUGAGGGCAUCAAGAAACAAGGCGCACAAUUGGCCAGCUCCCCCGCGGAAGUGGCAAAGGUUUCUGACAUCGUCUUUGGCAUUUUGGGCUACCCAAGCGACGUGCGCAAGGUAUUCCUGGACCCUGCGUGGGGUGUGUUGUCCUCAAUAAAAUCGGGAGGCGUCAUUGUUGACAUGACCACGAGUGAGCCGUCGCUAGCUAAGGAGAUUUAUGAGGCUGCAAAGCUAAAAGGAGUCUCUAGCCUGGAUGCCCCAGUCUCCGGCGGCGAUGUCGGCGCGCGAGAAGGUACGCUCUCCAUUAUGGUUGGUGGUGACUCCAACACUGUGGAGUCCACACUGCCGCUUUUUGAACUCAUGGGCAAGAACAUUCGCCAUAUGGGCGGCGCCGGCGCUGGUCAGCACACGAAGAUGGUGAACCAGAUCCUGAUUGCCACAAACAUGAUUGGUGUCGUCGAGGGUCUUCUCUAUGCGCAAAAGAGCGGCUUGGACGUGGAGGAAGCUAUCCGAGCCGUAAGCGCAGGUGCCGCUGGCUCCUGGUCGAUCAGCAACCUCGGACCUCGAAUCGCAAAGCGCAACUUCGACCCUGGCUUUUUCGUUGAGCACUUUGUUAAGGAUAUGGGCAUCGCACUGAAAGAAGCCGAUGGAAUGAACCUGUCUCUUCCUGGUCUUGCCCUCGCUAACCAGCUGUACGUCGCUGUAAAGGCCCAAGGACAUGGCCGAUUGGGGACGCAGUCCUUGAUGCUUGCACUCGAGCAGCUGAAUGGCAUCGACUCGUCCGCUACUGAAAUCAAGUCAACUUGA